GAAAGUGGGUUUUGGGAGGUGCGCAGGAAGAGCUAUGGGUUCCUAGCAACCGGAGAGGAAACCAGGAGAAACUGGGGGAACUAGUAGCAGGAAAGGAAGUCUUUGGUGGGUGGGAAUCUUAGAGUGGACGCGGAGGAAUGUGAGGGCUUAGCGAAGACAAGGGCGAAGCAGGGAGGGGCCAUGUGGGGGUUCGCGGGCCCAAAUGCUUCAUAAGGAUGGGCCUGGUAGAGGCCUGGGUGAGGAGGACAUUCGCAGGAUACGGGAGGCCCGGGUCAGGAAGACAUCCCGGCCCCAGCUGAGCGACCGCUCUCGAGAACGCAAGGUGCCCGCUUCCCGCAUCAGCCGCUUGGCCACCUUUGGGGGACUGGCUGUGGGCUUGGGGCUGGGAGUGCUGACUGAGGUGGCCAAGAAGUCCCUGCCAGGAGGACGUCUACCAGCAGAGAGCAGCUCCCGGCCAGGCUCCAGCCCUUUCCUGUCAGAGGCCAAUGCCGAGCGGAUUGUGCAGACCUUGUGUACAGUUCGGGGGGCCGCCCUCAAAGUUGGCCAAAUGCUCAGCAUCCAGGACAACAGCUUCAUCAGCCCUCAGCUACAACGCAUCUUUGAGCGGGUCCGCCAGAGUGCCGACUUCAUGCCCCGCUGGCAGAUGCUGAAAGUUCUUGAAGAGGAGCUCGGCAGGGACUGGCGGGCCAAGGUGGCCUCUUUGGAGGAGGUGCCCUUUGCUGCUGCCUCGAUCGGGCAGGUGCACCAGGGCACGCUGAGGGAUGGGACGGAGGUGGCCGUGAAGAUCCAGUACCCAGGUGUGGCCCAGAGCAUCCAGAGUGAUAUCCAGAACCUGCUGGCGGUGCUCAGGAUGAGCGUGGCCCUGCCAGAGGGCCUGUUUGCUGAGCAGAGCCUGCAGGCCUUACAGCAGGAGCUGGCUUGGGAGUGUGACUACCGUCGUGAGGCAGCUUGUGCCCAGAACUUCAGGCAGUUGUUGGCAAAUGACCCCUUCUUCCGGGUGCCUGCUGUGAUUAAGGAGCUGUGCACAACUCGGGUGUUGGGCAUGGAGCUGGCUGGAGGGGUCCCCUUGGACCAGUGCCAAGGCUUGAGCCAGGACAUCCGGAACCAGAUCUGCUUCCAGCUCCUGAGGCUGUGUCUGCGGGAGCUGUUUGAGUUCCGAUUCAUGCAGACAGACCCCAACUGGGCCAACUUCCUGUAUGAUGCCUCCAGCCACCAGGUGACCCUGUUGGACUUUGGUGCAAGCCGGGAAUUUGGGACCGAAUUCACAGACCAUUACAUCGAGGUGGUGAUGGCAGCAGCUAAUGGAGACAGAGACCGGGUCCUGAAGAAAUCCCGAGACCUUAAAUUCCUCACAGGCUUUGAAACCAAGGCAUUCUCGGAUGCCCACGUGGAGGCAGUGAUGAUCCUGGGGGAGCCCUUUGCCACCCAGGGCCCCUAUGACUUUGGGGCAGGUGACACUGCCCGCCGAGUGCAGGGCCUCAUCCCCGUGCUGCUGCAGCAUCGGCUGCGCCCACCACCGGAGGAGACCUAUGCCCUGCACCGCAAGCUGGCAGGGGCUUUCCUGGCCUGUGCCCGCCUCCGCGCCCACAUCGCCUGCCGGGACCUCUUCCAGGACACCUACCACCACUACUGGGCCAGUCGCCAGGCAUAGCCACUGCCUGCAGCCUCCAGACCAAAAGAGACAUCUGAUCAGACCCCUUAGACCACCUCCAUCCCCGGAUUCCGGCCCCAAAGCCGGCCAUCCCCUGCUGGGAUGCCUUCUUUCCAUUCUCCUGCAGGUCGGGGACCACCCACUUGGGCUUCCCAGUCUUGCCCUAGCUCCCUUCCUGGGGGCUGGGGAACCCUCAGGCUAGGGAACUCCCAUAUCUUGCUCUUCACACUCCAAAGUGGGCAUCCAGGAACUCUGCGCCAGGGAUUAACUUAUUUUUGCCAACAUGAAGAGCCUUAGGUCCCCUGCCCGCUGAUGUGCAGAUCCAGACUCAUCUAGAUGUAGAGCCCCUCACCUCUGCCUCAGGUCUCCCAGGGAUCUGGCCAAUGAAAAGGGAGGGACGGUGGUUGGUGGAGGCAGCCCUCACCUUUGCUGUCCUCAGCCCUCCGCCAGCUGCGUUCUCGCAGUUCUCCGUGGCUCCAUCCCUUCUGUGUGUCGGGGAGGGGGUAGGGAGGGUGUUUGAAACUUCAGACGGAAUAAAAGCGGCCCUCCCCUUCCCGG